GAUAACCGCAUUCAUCGUGAGGAUAGCUAGCUGUGCAGACAUUUUGUGCGUUUCGAAGAAAAUUGUUGGCAAAAAUGCGGUGCGUUGGUGAGAGGCGCGACGCGCUAAGUCUCGCCUCGUAAUAUUAUAGGGCACAGUACUUUUCAGACUUGGUUGAAUGGUGCCACAAAUCGCACGUGUUUGUGUUGUGAUCAGCUGUUCCUGGUGUCCUUCGAUUGCACCGUUUUGAGAUUAACAAUUUGCUGCCAUUUUCUGAAAUGUUGCACAAAGCAAAAGUUUAAAUCUACAUGUCAAGAAAGGGUUCAUCAACUAGUAAUCCAAAAAUAAACAAUAUAAAAAGUGCAUUUUUUAAAAGUGUGAAAUCGAGGACUAGCCUGUCCUUGAUGAACUCCACAAGUUACAAUCCUUACGCUCUCACACUUUGUAUAUCAAAAAUCUCUUGUCGCUAUUCAGCUAGAGACCCACGAUUAAGAAAUUGGUCCAGAGAACUAAUCGUCUCAUCGACGUAGACGAUCGCAUUUUUGGACAUUGAAUCCAAAUUGCACCUUUCUGUGUCAGUAGAUAAGACACAGGAAGAGACAGUAGUGAGUGAGUACGUACUUGGAUUUGUACUUACUAGCGUUUCCAACACUAAUGGACACGCAAAGUGCCUACUCAAAUGGUAUCCCAGGUAAAGACAAAGUUAUCAAGUAUGAACCUAAAGUACCGUCUGAAGAGGAGAAGAAUACGUCACCAUUACUCAUUAAGAGUAAUGAUCUUAAAUACAUUGAUUCGGUGAACGAUGACAGAAACUAUUUGAGAGAAUCGGACAAGUCUAAAAACGAUCUCAAUACAAUAAAUUCGAUGAAAACGGAAGGAAAUGAUUUUAAAGAUAACAAUCUUACUGUAGCAUAUCGGAAGGAUGAUAAAAAUGAUGACGACGCUAAGUCAACGAACGAAAGAGUAAAAUUCUUGGGAUUAAGCGAUGCUGACAGUAUUUGUUCUAUCAAACAACCACCUGAACAGGGACCUCAGAUACCAGACGGGGGAUGGGGAUGGGUGGUGGUGGCCGCCUCGUUUCUUAUUGCAACUGUAGCAGAUGGACUUGCAUUCUCUUAUGGCUUAUUACAAAUCAAGUUUGUAGACUAUUUCGAGGCAAGUGAAGCGAAAACUUCUUUAAUUGGAAGUCUCUUCAUAUCAGUUCCAUUAAUAGCUGGGCCUAUAAUGAGUGCGCUUGUAGAUAGAUAUGGAUGCAAAAAAAUGACAAUUGUUGGUGGCAUAUCAUCAACUGUAGGUUUUGUUGCUGCGUCAUACAGUAAUAGUGUAGAGACCUUAUAUAUAACAUAUGGAUUGAUUGCUGGCUUGGGUAUGGGUUUGUUAUAUGUCACUGCUGUCGUAUCGAUUGCAUACUGGUUUGAGAAAAGACGUAACUUAGCUGUUGGCUUAGGCUCAUGUGGAGUCGGCUUUGGCACAUUUGUAUAUUCUCCUUUGACAACUUAUUUAUUGGACGAAUAUGGAUGGAGGGGUGCUUUACUACUUUUAGCUGGAACUGUACUUAAUGUUUGCGUGUGUGGAGCUGUAAUGCGAGAUCCGGAAUGGUUGAUCUUGGAACAGAAAAAACAGAGAAGAUUAAGUAAAGCUAAAAGAGCAUCAAGUUCCACGUCUAUUUCAGCAAAAUCAGGCGGGGGAGAAUCCAUGUACCCCGGUGCAGAUGAGUUAAAAACUAUGAUAAAUAGUGGUGAGGCCCCAGAACAUAUACUUUCUGCAUUAUUGUCUGCUAUUGCUGAUGCUGAGGAUGUUGAAGCCAUUACAAAAAGAAACGCUGACUUAUCGAGUCAACACAAAGUUAAUUCAGUUAUUAAUUUGCCAACGUUUCUAUUACAAAAUGAAAGGGUGCCACCCGAGGUAAUAGAACAGCUAAAAUCUAACGAUAGACUUUACAAUAUAAUAUUGCAAAAUUAUCCUUCAUUACUAGCUUUACGGACCAGUUCAGAGACAAAACUACCCACAGGAACUAACAAAGAAAAAUUAAAGAAGAACAAAAAGAAGGAUUUCGAUAAAAAGCUCGAGAUAGUUAGAGAGAAAUUACUUCAGCCAAUUCCCGAGAAUAAUACAGCUGUAAUUGCUCCAAGGCGUCAAGAUUGGUUCUCCAGGCAAUUCCAAACGGACCACCAUUACUUAAAAGAUAUUAGAGUUCAUCGGAACUCAAUCAUGCAUCGAGGAGCCAUGAUGAAUAUAGCCAAAUAUAAACUGCGCGCGUCAUCUUGUCCUGACAUUUAUAAAAACUCGAUGUGGUCGGUCGAAGAACCGGAAGAAAAGACAUGGGGUAAAAGGUUCCUGAAGAUGAUUAAUAAGACAUUCGAUUUCAACAUGUUCACCGAGUUCCAUUUCUUGAUGAUGAAUCUAUCGACGUUGGUGCUGUUUAUUUGGUUUAUCGUGCCUUACUUCUUUAUAUCAACAUUCAUGGAAGACAAUGGUUACACUGAAACCGAAGGUUCUAUGAUGUUGGGUGUAUUUGGUGUAGCAACUAUUAUUGGUAUUGUGGGUCUUGGUUGGAUUGGUGAUCUUCCAUGGGUGAAUAUAACGAAAACAUAUGCUGUGUGCCUGGUGGCUUGCGGCGUUACAAUUGUUUUGUUCCCAAUUUUGAUACGGAUAAUGGAUGCUAAAGAAACUUACAGCUUCUAUAUACUAGCCUUAAAUUCUUUAAUAUUUGGUUUAACAUUCUCCAGCUCGUAUUCUUACACGCCAAGCAUAUUGGUUGAGUUGAUUGCUUUAGAAAGGUUCACUAUGGCAUACGGAUUGGUUCUUUUGAGUCAAGGAAUUGGGCAUUUGAUUGGACCGCCAAUGGCUGGUGCUCUAAAAGACAAAACUGGUUAUUGGGAUGCAGCGUUUUACGUAGCCGGCAUAUGGGUCGUUGUUUCUGGUAUGUUGGUAGCAGUCAUCCCUUACACAAAGAACUUUAGAAUAAUCGGAAACGCACCCCUCGCUAAGGAUGUCGCCGUGGACCCUGAACCAGGAGUGAAAAUAAUUAUAGCUCAUUAAUUUGAAAUUGGAUCGAUUGAAUUUAAUAUUGACAAGAUGACAGUUACUAUUGCUAGGUAGUUUUUAAUAAACUUUUGCCUCUAUGAUUUUGUGAAAAUAGAAUAUGAUAAUAUUCUAGAAUAUAAAAAUUAUUUUGCUAUGUGGCAACAUUAUUAUAAUACCCAUUUUAAGAUGAUUUGACAUUUACUUAAUGUAUCGUUUGUUUAGCUUUAGCUUAAUUAUUUUGUAUUUGUUGUUUUGUCGCUAAUUAAAACUUAAUCAUAGGCUUUUGUGGAGUAAAAUAUAGCUAUUUUUUAAAGCAUUUGUACUUAUUGUAUAAGUAAAUUAUGUUGCGUUUCCAUUGUCAUAGUUUGAAAAUUUGUGCUUAUGUAUGCAACGCCUAAAGAAAUCACGAACAAUUAUUCAACAUUGUACAUUUUUUGCUUCCCACUUGAGGUGAUUAUUGUAACUUAUCGUCAGGCUGGCAAACAACUUUGCAAAUUUUCUUUAUGUGGAAACGUGCCUUAACACUUACUAUUAUUAUAAUAGUGCUUACUUAUAAAAGAGUGAUGUGUGUGUGUAGAAUAUAAAAAUAAAUAUUUUUUAUAAUUUAAUAAUCUUUAAUAGAAUCUAUUACCACAUUGUUAUUUUCAUUAAGUAUAUGCACACAGUUACUCCAUAAUCAAUUAUUUAUGUAAAUGAUACUAAUAUUAUAUAAUUAUUAUAUGACCAAAAUACAGCCUUCCAAACUUAUUUUUGGAAAAAAAAAUCAAUCUCACUAGAGCUUAUACUGCGUUAAUAAAAUUAUAUUUAUCUGAUCUUCAAAAUCGAUUUGACAUAGGUGAAUGUUGAAUUUAUUUAUAAAGCUGCCACAAAGAUUUUUAAAUUAAUUGUUACUUAUUGUAAUAAAUAAAUAAUUUUUAAAGAUCUUAUAGGUAUUAUGAUGACUUUACGUUUAAGUCAUAUUUAAUGGGUUUCAAUAAACUAAUUAUGAAUAAAAUCGAAAUAUCUUGUACGAGCUGUACUUUUAUAAUAACAAGUAUUGCUUGUGAUCGAAUUUCGCCUCUUUUUUUUAAUAGCCAUAUGUUUGGCACUGUAUGUUUCGAAUAAUAAAAGAUUCAUUCCCCUCCUUAUUAUAACCAAUACUAUAAAAAUGUACAACUUUCGAUGUUUACGAAUUAAUAUAUAGAUAAUAAAUUUAUAUUUUAUAAGAUAUUUUGAAAGUAUUGUAGAUGUUAAGUUUUUUUUUUCUACUUAUUUAGUUUAUGCACGUAAUAUAUAUUCAAGAAUAUAACCAU